CAUGCUUUAUGACGUCAAUCAAUACUAGCGUUCAUUUUUGUGAUAUGGGAACUAGAUACCUAUUCUGCGUGGCGAAACUGUCGAUAAAAUCAUAGUGUCAGAUAAGAAUGUGAUGCGUGUCUGUACUAACAGAGAGAAGUCUGGCGAAGAUUCGAACCAAAAAAUUGUGAAUAUUACCGACACGAUCGUAGACAUUAGCUACAUAGUUCAAUGUCCACGUUUUGUGGACAUAGAGGCGCUUCAAAAUAAAAGUAACAGCUAAAUCCCGGGCAUGGCCGCCAAUGGCCGCUCUCAGGCUUCUCUUGAUAAUACGCGUGAACAUAACCUGAAACCGUCACGAAAGAGAAUUUAAUUUAUUAAGGGUUAUGCUUAUCUAUCGAAAAUAAUUACGCGAAGUGCAAGCUGCCAAAAGGACCGACAAUGAAGUAUUCCACAUCGCCGCCAACGAGUCGAUGUCAUUCGCCCGUUCCGACAGAAUUUUCGUCUUCGUUGCCGAUGCCGAUCGUUUACAGACAUAAUUGUAUGGGGGCGGCGACAAAAUGCUAUAAAUAUCUGAGAAAAUUGCUGAAAUUUGAACAGAUGGAUUUCGAGUUCGCCAUGUGGCAAAUGAUCUAUCUAUUUGUAGCUCCACAGAAGGUAUACAGAAACUUCCAAAAUAGAAAACAAACAAAAUCGCAUUUUGCAAGAGAUGACCCUGCGUUUUUAGUAUUGAUCACGUGUUGUUUCUGUAUAUCUACCAUUGGUUUGGCAUUGUUGCUGAAUUUAAAAUUCUUCCAAUUUAUAAAGUUAUUAUUUUAUAUGGUUUUCAUCGAUUAUAUAGCUGUUGGAUUGUUAAUAGCAACUAUAUUUUGGUUUAUAACAAAUCGAUAUCUCAGGAUAGACAGAACACAAGAUGUUGAAUGGGGCUAUGCAUUUGAUAUCCACUUGAAUGCAAUGUUUCCUUCAUUAAUUCUACUUCACAUUUUACAAUUAUUUCUAUACAAUGGUCUCAUAAACAAUGAUAUAUUUUGGGGACGAUUCAUUGGGAAUACUUUUUGGUUUAUAGCUAUUGGUUAUUACAUUUACAUAACAUUUCUCGGCUAUGCAAGUAUCGAAAUACUGCAUAAAACUCAUCUGAUAUUAUCCGCUCUACCUAUAAUGCUGCUGACAUACAUUACCACAUUAUGCGCUGGUAUUAAUAUCAGUUAUUUAGUUAUAGAAUUCUACCGUUACCGCGCUUUAUAA